AGUAAGAAACGCCGGUGGUAUUGACCUACUAUCCAAGUGUACUUGACCUCGUAAAUUUGGUGAGACAUAAUGCUCGUCCUACAGCUCAUGCACUGAGCAGCCUACGCAGACAUGUCUCCAAACACUCUCAACAUCAUUCUUUUCGGAGAAACAGGAGUAGGCAAAAGCUCUGUAAUUAACCUCAUCGCUGGAAGACAGGUUGCCAAAGUGUCGCCAGAUGCUGAUGGCUGCACGAUGAACUCUACAGAUUACGAGUUUACGGUCGGCUCCAGGACAAUAACAAUCUGGGACACUGUAGGGCUCGAGGAACCUCAGAUGGGCGUGAAUGGCUACUACGCAGCCAUAGUGAAGGCCUUCAAUCUAAUCCAAAAACUGAGCAGGGCUGGCGGUGUCGACCUCCUCUUGUUUUGCAUCCGCGGGAAUAGGAUCACCGCUACUACACAGAGCAACUACCGCCUUUUCUACGAGGUUCUCUGCGACAAGCGAGUUCCGAUCGCUCUUGUUGUCACACACUUGGAGAGGGAGUACCGGAUGGAGGAUUGGUGGGGGAGGAACGAAGGUAACAUCGAGAGGUAUGGAAUCAGGAGUGCUGGGCACGCCUGUGUUACCGGCAUCACGGACAAGGAGGAAAAGUUCCGUGAAUCGAGAGAGGCGAUUAGUCGCCUCCUGUCUCAGCAUGACAGCCGGGGCAGAUUCGCUAUGCCGCCAGAGCCGUGGCUCACCCGACUUCUUCAACAUCUAGCGUCGCUGGUUUCGACCAACUCUUCUUGGGGGAAAGACUUUUCACGUGUUUUAACCAAACGGUGUGGUUUGGAUGUGGAAACAGCGCAUCGUUUGGCGGCGCAGCUGCGAGGUUACGGAGACAGGCAUUCUUUCACUUGAUCGACUGAUUAUAAUGUAGAGAUAUUCUGUACAUCUCACAGUCCGUGGCAUUCGAAUCUUUGCUGUUGUUUAUUAAAUCAACAGGCCCCUCAGGUUCGAGUAACAAACGAGGAUAGUCAUGCUUUCUAUGCUGCGACA